CUCCCCUACGUUCGCUCCCCUCCCUCUCGACUUCGCAUCGGUCCUAACCCUUCUCCGCCGGACAGCAUCAAGCAUUUCAUGAGGUGAUAUGCGACAAGCACAGUCCAACAUCUAAUUGAAGUUGAACUAGUCCUACAGUGUUAGUUGGCUUAAUCCGAAGCUUAGUUUCAGGUGCAAAAUAUAUCCCAAUUAUGUCCACAUUAUACACUUCAGAACAUGAUGAUGAAACUAGGGCUUUGAACGCCUUGCUUGAUGCCUUUGGGACAUUUUGUACUCUUGAAGAUAUAGCCUCUGCUUAUUGCAAGGCAGGACGUGAUGUAUGUAAAGCAGGAGAUAUGUUGUACCAACUCCAAGAAAGUAGUAGUUCUGGUUUUCGUCAUGCACAGAUUGGGAAGAAUGUUCCUCAACCAGAGGAAUCAUCGGACGAGGAUAAUCUUAAGUGUUCUAUUCUUCUGGGCAAAAAUUCCAAAGGAACAAAGCCAAAGAAAUUAAGUGUUUCAGUUGGCACUAUCUCAAGUGUUCUGGGUAAGAAGUAUGUGGGCGUUCCAUCAUCACGAAAUGAAUCAUGUGAAACAACUAAACCACCCAAGCUUGAAAUCAAGGAACAAAUGUUAGAUGUACUUGAAUCAGAGUCGUUUAUGCCAAACUCUGUUCAAAGUAGUACUUUGAAUGACAAGGAUGUCGAAGAGUUCCUAUUUUCAAUGCUUGGAGAUGGAUUCAAACUAAGCAUGGAUGUCAUCCGUGAUGUGCUUGGAUGUUGUGGAUACAACAUGAAGAAGAGCAUGGAGGAAUUAUUGAUAAUUUCUUCUAACACCUUGGAGAAAGGCAAGGCAGUUGACUAUGAUGAUUUGAGAAAAUCUGCAGGUAAAGGCUCACAGACGGAGAAAUUUCCAUAUGAAGAUUGUUGUCCGAACUCUCCGUCUAGUGUAAGAAAUAUUCCAAGACACUCUAGCAUGGAACAAAAGAAUUCAAAUUUACCGAUGGAGGUGAUACAAUCCUUGUUUAAUGUCCCUGAGAGAUCAGAAGAGGAACAAAAGAUAAAACGUCGAGAGAUGGGAUUGAAUAGAAUGAGAGUUGUUGGGCAAAAGGCAGUUACAAAACCACUGGAGGACCUUGUGUUAUCUUCCACAACUGAUAUUCCGAAUAUAAGACAGGUGGUCAAUGAUGGUCCAGUUGCUGAGGAAGAUGAUGAUUACCAGGUCCUAAGGAGAGCUGCUAAGCUGCAUUGGGAUUCAAUGAAGCAAUAUUAUGAAGCCGCUGUUGAUGCUUUUACAAGGGGUGACAAUGAAGCUGCCAGCUACCAUAUAGAGCAAGGGAAGUACUAUAAUCAAAAGGCUCGAGAAGCAGAUGAAAAAUCUGCUGCAAUGUUGGUUGAACCAAGGAAAACUAGCAACAAAGAUGAAAUCACUCUUGAUCUUCAGCCUCAUUGUGCGAAAGAAGCAUUGAAAUUGUCAAAAUUGCUCUUGUGCUCACUGGCUGAUAUUCCUACUCUUAGAUACUUGAAGCUUGUCAUUGGUGCUGACAGUGAAGAUCGCAAACAAGGGAAAAAAAGGCGUUUGGUGUUAAAGCUUCUGGAGAAUGAGUCAAUCAAGUGGACUGAAUCUGAUGACAAUUCUGGGACAAUUUACAUUCAACUAGAUCAGCACUGGCGACGGCUCUGCUCGCCGCUUCCUUCUCCUUCGGGAGGCCAUUGUCGGGCUUGGAGGCUGCAGCAGCGACCGAUCUCCCCCGCUUCCGCGAAGCCCCGGCGUUCCGGAACGGGCCCGGCUGCGCCUCUGCCCCGACCAUCCACAUUGCCAUGACCCUCGAUGCUGCCUACCUC